GCCCGUACUGCCAACCAACAACGAAAUUAUGCACGCUUUUUAAAUGCCUCUAUUCCCGCACUCAGCAUCCCCAUGACGAGAGAAGAAAUAACUCACUGCCAAGAAUUGAAUGUGGUGAUCCCGAAGAGCAAGCUUUUGUAGCUAAAUCACUCAAGGUAUUCAAUAAUUGAGCAAUCUGAUGCACAAUCCCCAAAUAGAUAAAGUCACAUCAUGACAAGUAGGUGCUUUUCUAGUUCUGGCAAACUGCUAAACAGCUUCUGUAAGGUUACUGGCUUUUGCUUUUCUUCCUCAUUAGAAUUUAGAACUUCUAUAUUUGGUUGUAGUUAGAAAGGUGAAACUACUCAAGUAUGAAAGAGAUUGACAGGAGGAAGCCCAAUAAUAAACAAUCAAAGCCAUCUGGAAGAAGCGAAAGGACAGACCGUAAACAGCAUCAAGAAAAUGGCAGGAAAAAAUUGAAUGCAAAAGAAACUGAAUCUAAAGCUUUAAUUGAAACUGAAUCUAAGGCUUUAAUUGCUGAAGGAGAAUCGGUUAAUUUAGUGAGUGAUUCAAACACAGGCACAGACACCUCUGAAGUUUAUGAAAAUACGGUUAUACAUUAUGUGGAUGAUGUCAACAGGUUUGAGGAGGUGUCUAAAGAUUACAAGUUUAGUCCAGUGAUUGGCAGAAUGGAUAAGGGUGAAAUUUUGGAUGAUCACUGUAGUGAUUUAGAGAAACAACCUAAGCAGGGGAAGGAAGAGGAAUCAGAUUCUGAGACAACAAAAGAUUCAGUAUCUUCUCAGGAGGAUUCAUUGAUGGUUGAAGUUCAGAAAGUUGAAAAAGUGCCUGGAGUUCCUGAGAGUGUUGUCAAUAGAAGUUUGUCAGAAAGCAGCUCGGUAGGAUCAAGAGCGAGAUCUAAUCAAGAUACGUAUAAAUCAAAAACCAAGGCAUCGCAAAACACUCCAAAGAAAUCCAUAAAAUCCAAUAGAGGUGUUUCAGAAGUUACUGCCAAAAAUUCUUCUGAUAAAAAUUCAAAUAAAAUGAGAGCCCCUUCUAAACCUUCAUCAGAAUCUUUUGAAGUAGCUGAUGAUAAAACUGCUGAAGAGAUCAAGGAAACUGAUGUUUUAAAUGAGAUCUCAAAUGAUGCUCAAAGUAUUGAGAGUGAUAAUGAAACCAUCGAUACUGAAGAAAAUGGUGAGCAUGUAGAUGAGGCAUCUUUAAAUAAAAAGAUUGAAGCAAUGGAAAUGAGAAUUGAGAAACUGGAGGAGGAGCUGAGAGAUGUUGCUGCUCUUGAAAUUUCACUCUAUUCUGUUGUACCAGAGCAUGGGAGCUCAGCACAUAAGGUUCACACACCUGCUAGACGCCUUUCUAGACUCUUCAUCCAUGCCUGCAAGCAUUGGACCCAAAACAGGCGAGCUACAAUUGCUAAAAAUACCGUGUCUGGGCUUGUUUUGGUUGCCAAGUCUUGUGGUAAUGAUGUAUCAAGGUUAAGCUUUUGGUUGUCAAACACCAUUGUACUGAGGGAGAUCAUUUCUCAGGCAUUUGGCAUUUCUCGUCUCUCAGUCCCAGUUACAAGGUUAGCUGAGUCAAAUGUGGCUAGCAAAAAAAAUGAAGUGAAGUCUAUGACUCUGAAAUGGAAGGGUGCUUCUGUUAGUAAACAAGUAAAUGGUCUGCUGCAGUUAGACGAAGACUGGCAAGAGACAGGAACUUUCAAUACAGCAUUAGUUAAAGUCGAAUCUUGGAUAUUCUCACGGAUUGUUGAGUCUGUUUGGUGGCAGGUUUUGACUCCAUAUAUGCAGUCUCCAGCUUUGACAACCAAUAAAACUACUGGAAACUUGUUGGGACCAGCCUUGGGUGACCAGCACCAGGGUAGUUUUUCUAUCAACCUCUGGAGAAAUGCUUUCCUAGAAGCUCUACAGAGACUUUGUCCUGUUAGAGCAGGAGGGCAUGAAUGUGGUUGCUUACCUGUUCUGGCAAGAAUUGCUAUGGAACAAUGUGUUGCAAGACUAGAUGUUGCAAUGUUCAAUGCCAUUCUGCGAGAGUCAGCCCAUGAGAUCCCGACUGAUCCCAUCUCAGAUCCUAUAGUAGAUUCCAAGGUUCUGCCUAUUCCAGCUGGUGAUUUGAGCUUUGGAUCUGGUGCUCAACUCAAAAAUUCUGUUGGGAAUUGGUCUAGAUGGCUUACCGAUACGUUCGGCAUGGACAGUGAUGAUUCUCUGAAAGAUCAGCAUAGCAGUGAGGAUGAUGACAGGCUUGAUGGAGUUAGAGAGCCUAAAUCCUUUGUACUUCUUAAUGAUCUUAGUGAUCUUUUAAUGUUACCAAAAGACAUGUUAAUGGAUCGUUCAAUCAGACAGGAGGUUUGCCCAUCAAUUGGCCUUGCAUUGAUAAAACGGGUACUUUGUAACUUUACCCCGGAUGAGUUCUGUCCAGAUCCUGUUCCAGGAGCUGUAUUGGAGGCACUAAAUGCUGAGAGCAUUGUUGAGCGAAGAUUAUCAGGGGAUUCAGCGAGAAGCUUCCCUUAUUCAGCUGCCCCAGUCACGUACACACCUCCUUUAUUAUCUGAUGUGGCCGAAAAAGUAGCGGAGGCAGGAGGUAAAGCUCCAUUGUCAAGGAAUGUGUCUGCGAUGCAAAGGAAAGGAUAUACCAGUGACGAGGAAUUAGAAGAAAUGGAUUCUUCUCUUUUGUUGAUCACUGAAAAAUUGCCUUUAUCACCAACUAUAGCACCCAGUGGAAAUGGUAAUGGAAAUCACAUUGGCAAAGCCGGCUAUAGAGGCUCGAAUGCAAGGUAUGAGCUCCUUCGUGAGGUUUGGACAUCUUCAUGAACAUUAUAAAAGAGUUCCAUCUGUAUAUGUGGGUUUUUUUUUCCUUUUGAGUUAAGUAGUCAGCAUUAAGAGAACAACCAAAAACUCUAAAAUACAAAUCCAAAAGUCCAGAGAUUUUAAAAUUUAAAGGAAAUCUCAAAGGUCCGGAAGCCAUUGGGUUUCUUUGUGUA